CCGCGGUGCAUUGUGGGUAAAGGACACGGCUCCCAUCCCGGAAGUUUUCGCCGCCGGCCGCCGCGAGAAUUUCGCUCGCAAGCCGUCACGGAGGCGAAGCUGACGCUCUAACUCGAUUUGUUUAUCGGCCACGCGAAGCUUUCUUGCGGUCGUUGCGUUUGAGGCGAGCGUCGGCAAAAUUGGAACUCGAUAACCCGGCUCGUUAGCGGCUAUGCUAACUCCCGACCGGAUGUUCAAAACACAAGUCACGUGUGUUUUUAUUAUGGGGGGGGGGGGCGAGUUCUCCCGAGCUAUCCUCGGUCACAAUUCCUCGUCCUCUUUACGCACGAUCUUGGGAAUUAGCUUUGCUCUGGAAAUGAAACUCCACAGAAUGCUGCUGAGUGAGUGUAUGAAGUGCUCGAGGAUGUAUCUGCGGUGCACGGGACACCUGCACGCGAGGCGUGCUCUCUCUCGCAUGGGGGGCGAGCGAGCCUUCGGUGCCGGUUCGGGUCGGUACGCGGUGCCACCGCUGUACUACGGCGAAGGGGAUCCUGGGGGACUUCGUUUGCUGCUUGAGUCCCGAAGAGGAGCGCCAACUUGCUCGGCGAGAAAGAAGAACCUGCUGCGAGGAGGACCGUCCUCUCCUGGGUCCACGGUCCGCCACAUAACGACCGAAAUGCCUCUUUCCAUUGUCCCGCCGCCUUUUGUCGUGAUGAGAUUCGAUCAGGAGGGAAAUGUUACAUCAUUUGAGAAGAAGAAAACUGAGCUUUGCCAGGAAUUAAGUCUUCAGGCCAGGGAUCUUCGGUUCCAGCACAGUACCAGUCUCACCACCAGAAACAACUGCAUCAUCCUACGAAUGGAGUCAUUAAAAGCCAUCGUGACCCCGCACUGCCUUUUGGUGUUGGAUUUCCGCGGGCUGGGUCUGGAGCGCUGGCUGGUUCUGGAGCUGGCCCCGCAGCUGGCGUCCCAGACGCACUCCCUGCCUUUCGAGUUCAGAGCGCUGGAGGCCAUCCUGCAGCACAGGGUGAACAACCUGCAAACCCGGCUGAAUGAAGUGGAACCGGCCAUAUUGGACGUUUUGGAAUCGCUGGUGGAUCCCAAAAUCCUGUCUGCCGAUAGAAGUAAACUGCACAUCUUGCUGCAGAACAGUAAAAGUUUGUCAGAGUUGGAGACCGACAUUAAGGUUUUUAAGGAUUCCUUGCUGAAGAUUUUGGAUGAGGACGAAAUCAUCGAAGAACUCUGCCUCACCAAGUGGACGGACCCGAGAGUUUUUGAGGAGAGCAGUUUGGGGAUCGAUCAUGCCGAGGAGAUGGAGCAUUUAUUGGAUAAUUAUUACAUGCAGGCCGAGGAGCUGGGGAACAAGGCCCGCGAGCUGAAAGGCCUGAUCGACGACUCUGAGAGCGUCAUCUUCAUCAAUCUGGACAGCCAUCGAAACGUGAUGAUGCGAUUGAACCUGCAACUGACCAUGGGCACCUUCUCGCUGUCCUUAUUUGGUCUGAUCGGCGUGGCCUUCGGGAUGAAUUUGGAGUCGUCUUUUGAAGAGGACCCUCGCGUUUUCUGGCUGGUGACAGGCUUCAUGUUCCUUGGCAGCGGCCUGAUUUGGAGGCGACUUCUGUCGUUUUUGGGACGACACUUGGAGCCCGCGUUACUCCCGCAAAUUCCUCCAGUUUGGAAGAGAAAUCUGAAAGUAUCAGACAUGAAGGCGGGAGUGAGAUGAUGACGCCACGAGACUUGAAGUGGCCGAGCACUUUGCAGGUUUUUCCCCAAGAUGACGCAAAUGAGGAAAAUCGGGAUCCUGUUGAACUCUCGUGCGUAAGUCCUUGUGCAGACGCGGUCUUCGCAAUGUGUAACCAGUUGCGCGGUACCUCUCGUUCACUUCUCCAUUGGUGGGAGGGGGAAAUAAUAAUUUCGGUGUGUCAUGUAGAAAAAUGAGAACUGUGUCAAGUGUCGUCUUCGCAUCUUACAUGGUACUACAUCGUAUCAUAAUUGUGUCACAGGCAUGUAUAGUUUGUGGCAUAUAUUAACUAUACGGCAUUUUUGUGUGGAACUAUUUCAAAUACAUAUCCCUGCCCAUCGGUCACAGUGCACCUCAUUUUUAUUAUUUGAUUGGAUUUACCGAAAUGUUGAAUCUUCUAUUUUUUUCCCCCAAUUGUCAGAAUUGGAGUGAGCCUGAUCAAGUUUGACUUGAACUUUGAACUGUAUACAAAUGAUAUUAUAACUUGUGCCAAGCAGAUAUUCUAGUAUGAAACAGAUGUUUUGGUUGCAGAAUAUGCAGUAUAAAUUUGAAAAAAAAAUAAAGAGCAAAGAUA